AAAAGCGACGCCUACUUUCUAGCCGUUGUUUACCGUGUACCGAGGCGUAAAAUGGUGUUCGGAUAAGACCAUAGUUGCACGUACUACUGGGGGAGACCGAGUGUGCCGACGGAUUUCAUGACAACUGGUGCUGACUAGACCGUCAGUGACACAGGCCAUGGAAGCACCAGGGGACAAUCUGGGCUGAUGACGUUUUAACGCUCGCGCUAGACUCUUUGGUAACCAAGUUUGCUAACAGAGAAUCACUGUAACACUGCUGACGAUGUAUGCUGUACGUGGUGGGGCCUCUACUCCGGAGCCCACUCACAGGACCAGCAAACUACAGGAGGCAUUAACCCGAGCACCUCUGGAAACCUUCCGGAAAGAAGCGAAGAGAAUCGCUCGUUGUCGUUCGGACAAAGUCGUUUUGCGAGUCGGAGGUGCUCGGUUUCAAGUCUCGAGACACAUCUUGGAAUUCCAUCCGGAUACGUUGCUAGGCAGUGAAGAACGCGAGCGUUUCUUCGAUAAGGACUGUCAGGAGUAUGUCUUUCCUGAUCGUGACCCUGAGAUCUUCCGAUACAUUCUCAACUACUAUCAAACAGGGAUGCUGCACUUUCCUUUCGAAGAGGAGUUGCUGGACUAUCAGCAGGAACUAUCAUCCUUCGGGUUUGAGUUGGACCAGCUCAAAGAAGUCAUCAGCAGCUGUUGUCUGGAGUUUUAUGAGGACAAACAGGAAGCCUUGGAGAAGUUGAAGCCGUUUCUGAAGAAAAAGAUGGCCCGACCCACGCCGCGAACCUUCCGAGAACGUCUGUAUCACAUGAUCGAGAACCCUAAACAGAGCACAUUUGGGGCAGUGUUUUUCUGGCUUACUUCGGCGUUCAUAGCGCUCUCCGUCACUGCAAAUGUCGUAGAAAACUCUAUCUACUCGCUUGGGAAAAAGGAGGGAGAGUUUGUAUACGUUGGACAGAUUUUCACGACACCGUUUUCAGUUCUUGAGGUUGCGGUUGCCAUAGUCUUCACGUUAGAGUACAUCAUCAGACUCUACGCGGCUCCUAACCGCUGCAAGCACGUCCGGCAAUUCAUGAGUGUCGUCGACCUGGUCAGCAUCCUGCCCUUCUACAUCAGCCUCGUGCUGCCGCAGAAAAGCACCGUCACGAGCGCGUUCGUCACACUGAGGGUUCUCCGCGUCUUCCGGGUCUUCAAACUCGCACGCCAUUCGGAAAAGCUGAAACGACUGGGCUACGUGGUGAAGAACAGCUUGAAAGACCUGGGCUUUCUCGUCUUCACGAUGUUGAUCACAGUGGUGCUGUUCUCUAUCAUCGUAUACCAGGCUGAGAGGGGCGUGCCAGACUCCCCCUUCAUCUCCGUCCCUCACACCUUCUGGUACAUCAUCGUCACCAUGGUAACGCUUGGAUACGGUGACAUGGUGGCUGUGACCAUAUUUGGCAAGGUGGUGACGGGCAUCUGCAUGAUCAGCUCGGUUAUUCUCCUCACGCUGCCCGUAACGGUCGUCAUUGGCAAUUAUAACGAGCUGUGCCGGUCCUCCCAGGACAUGGUCUACAUGAAACGUAAGGGGUGUCGGUGUCUGGCACCUGAACCAAAGGCGCCUCAGACAAGGGACACGUGUACUACAGGAAGUGAUGAGGUGUUAAAUCAGCCAACGAGAACAGAGAGCCAUGGGAACGAGAGGGGUACGGAGGAGUACGAGAGUACACCGCUAUUAACUUGGGCCAGCAGUGUGUAGUUGCUGUGAACUUUAAAGAUUGGUAUUGCAGUCUGUAAUUUUAUGCGCUCUUACGAUAAUGUGGUAAAGUCAGAUACCUAACAGCGGAUAUAGGUUAAUAUUGCAGUUUGAAACCACCAUUUGUCAACUCGAUAUCCCUAAAUAUCCUGUUUUGAAUAAAAUGGAUACUGGUUACCUCACAGAUAAACUAGCGUUAUACAUAUCAAAACGAACUACAUGAUAGACAAAAUGACAACUAGACAACGGAGCAUGUGCAGAAUUCCGAUCCUCUUUAAUAGCCCAUUGCGAGUUAUAAGCUCUGCAAGGUGUAAAACUUUUAAAAGUCAGUGGUCAUACAAUGUGGAAAUGGUAGUGUUUUGCUGUGCAUUGGUCGCAUUACUUUACCACUGCUGCAACCUUGUUCUGAUUUGAAUGUGCUUUUGACAAUAAAAGAUCGUUGAUGGAUUAA